AUGAAAAGUGAAACACAAGUAGAAGAAAAUAGAGAUAACCCAGAAGAUGGACCUUUGGGUUUGUUGUCUGAAUGUGUUAAAGAUAAUUCUCAAGUGUUAGUUAACUGUCGUAAUAAUAGAAAACUUUUAGGAAGAGUUAAAGCAUUUGAUAGGCAUUGCAACUUACUUCUAACUGAAGUCAGAGAAAUUUGGGUUGAAAUAGUAAAAGAUAAAAAAAAAAAAAAGAAAAUUAACAAGGAUAGAUAUAUAAGUAUAUUAUUUUUAAGAGGUGAUUCCGUUAUUUUAAUAUUAAGAAAUCCUAAAUAA